UGGCAGCGGUAGGCGAGAAUGCCAACUCUGAAGGUCAGAUAAUCGAGUGUGUGACAGUGGGAAUCCCGUUACCGCAGCGCGCCUGCGGACCGCUCUGGUGACUCACUACAACCGGAAACCAUCGGUAACCACCGGACACCAUCGUCCUCUGCUCUGCACCGUACCGACGGAGCACGAACGUCCUGCGCUAGACAAGCGAUAUCCUCUGGUUACCGACGGCAACAAGCAUCCUCCCUCCCUCCGGACGGUGAGCGGUUCUGCGCCGAAGAUUCGGCUCGGUUGGUUUUAUCAGGGAUGAUCUGUUGAUCCUCGACAGUCGGUGCCAGAGAUGGACUCCUGCCCACGGGUGGAGAGCAGGCCCAGAUCUAUGGAGGAGCAGGAGUGUAAAAUCUGCUUCAGUCAUUUUGACAGAGGCAAGAGGAAAGUGCGAGUUCUGCCUUGUGGUCACCGAGUGUGUGACGAGUGUCUGCAGAGGCUGAGACGCUCAGGUGACAACAUGGUGGUCAGCUGCCCCUUCUGUCGUUCUGAAACUCACAUGCCAGAGAGGAAGUCAUGGGUUGUAGAGGAAGAGCACCAUCUGCUGCCUCUUCUUGGGGCCGAGCUCCAAAGAGAGGUGCUACUGAGCCCAAGGAGACUUUCAACAGGCGGCGAUGACCACAGCUCCUCAGAUUGUUUGGUACUGACCAUCGUGGCACUGCCGGAAUCUCCUUCCUGCCAGUCAGUCAAUAGGCUCCACCUCUCUGACCCCCUGCCCUGCUUCCUGCCUGCCAUGAAGAGCCCCUCCUGGAUGCCUCGCACCGUGACCCGCUGCCUGCUGGGGACGCUGUGUCUGGUGUACUUGUGCUCGCUGCCUCUCGGGAUUUACCUGCUGAUGGUGGGUCGGCCGGCGAUGGGAGUGGCUCUGGUGAGUCUCGUUCCUGCUUCUCUGCUGCUCUUCAUCGUCGCCGGUUUCCUCCGGUGUUUACACCAAAGGAUGUUGGAGAUCCUCGCCGAGCGUCGACACGUUGCUAUAACCACCCGCCACACGUUGCCAUGACGGCAUGGGAACUUGAGAUGGGAAAAGUUUUCACCGGACAAUUUCAUUUUGCAGUUCAGCGAUCAAUGCUUCGUCCAUGGUUUGACAUCACUUCCUGUCCAUCAGUUACACAAUAAAAAAAAAA